AUGUCCGUGGCGGUACCCAAUGAAAGGGCUGAGAAGAGAAGCAACAGAAAGCAGAGUCAUUUAGAGAAGAAGCAGCACAGUAAACGCGAUGCGCAAAGGGGAGAGUCUAGUAUGAUGCAUGGCGGCCAGCUGAGGUAUAUGCGCAAAGGUCCCGUCACAGCAGUAAAGGACAAACACGGGAAUACCGAGACGGUGCACGAUGGGGAACGCUACGUUGUUGUCAUUACGAAUGUCGAGAAUGAUUUUGCACAAGUGCACCAAAAGGCCUUGCCACAGUAUUGUUGUCUGAACGAGCAGCAUCAUCACGGCCCACAGCAGCAGGCAUUGUCGGCGACUGUAAAGGGCAUGGAUAAGGAGGCAUCAACUGCGUUGGGAAAAGAAGCGAAAAGGCGACAAUGCCGCUACACAGUCACUGCCCGCACGGAGACACGCUCCGUUGAAGUUGCCGUUUAUGGGAGGGCGGAUGGCGAUGUCUCGAGCGUGUACCUCCCACAUCGUGCCGGCAUGCGUGAGAAGAAACAAGGCCAUCAGACAAAUAAAGAGAAGGUUGUAGGUAGGGGUAAUGGAAAAGAAGAAAAAAAAGGUGUUGGUGUUAGUGGUGGUUCGCCGAUCAAGUGUGUGGCUGCCCCUGUAGGGAAUAAUCCAGUUUUUGCCUCCCUCGAAGACAUGGUCAUGGCACUCCGCCACGCGCCGUACUUUACGCAUCCGCCAAAGUUUCUUCUUAAUGUGCCAGGCAAAGAAGAUGGUGAGGUUCUGCGGGGGGUAAAGCCACGUAAACGGCGUCGGAAUGCCACCACCGAUGAGGAAAAGGAAGAAGAGCACCAAAGCGGAGAGCCAACCCCUGGCGAUGCAAAGAACUUUUCGCCUCUCCUCCAAUCUACGGUGCGUCAGGCAGAAAUGAUCACUGCUGUCGCGACAACGUCGACGCGGAUGCACACAAAAGAACUUUGUGACCAGUUAAAAGAAAUCCCCGGUUUUAUCACCUGCUGGAUGUUGUACCCGCAGCACUUUCGUGUGCUGUUUGCUUCAAGGAAGACACUCUUUCGGGCGAAGGAGCUUCUGGACCAGUUUGAGGUGGACGGCCACGUGCGGGUGACGCUCACACUUUCAGACGGUGCCGCCAAGGCGUUUGCGGAGCACCUGGCCUCGGUGGAAAACACGGUAUGA